UGUCCACGAAACUUUUCAUACUUUCGUGGACAAGCCCUACUUUCAUGGACACCACAUCAAAGUUUUGCUUCUCCUGUGGACUCCGUCAAUACUUUCGUGGACUCCCGGCUUACUUCCAUGGACACACCCAUAUUCGCAGUUAAAAAGGAGUACUCAGCAAUGUACAAGUGAUUACGGGCACAAAAAUCGAGAUACUCCAGAAUAUCUAAUCAUCAGCCUCCUUGGUUCCCCAGCGGCGGUAGCUGGUUCCGCGUCUCGUCAGAUGCCAGUCACCUACGAGACACACAGCAUCCAUCUCUCGAAGGAAUCCCGCCAUAGUCUAUCAGCAUCGCGCGCGCCAAAGCCACUUGAGUUCCCUUCCGAGCCACUUCCGAGCCACUUCCGGACCGAGCGUCCGUGCGUUCCGUAGCUGACGGCGUCCGCGUGCGAUCCUUAGCGAACGGCAUCUCUGUACACAGGCUCUCUUCUUGCUGCUGCUCGCUAGCUCGGCGCGGACGCAAUGCCGCUAGGGUUGGAGCUAGUGGGCCGCGCCGUGAUGCGACGAGCGCGACGAGGGCUGUUCGCCGGCAAGGAGGUUAAGUUCGGGAACAAAGUCAGCGAGGACGGCGGGAAUAAAACACGCCGCAUGUGGAAGCCCAACGUGCAGUACAAGCGCCUCUACAGCUUCGCCCUUGACAAAUUUAUCCAGUUCCGGGUUACAACAUAUGCCCUGCGCUGCAUAGACAAGGUGGGCGGCAUCGACGAGUAUCUUCUGCACACACCGGAAAAGAAACUAGAUUCGGAUGUGGGCCUGGUUUGGAAAGGAAGGAUCCAGGAAGCGCUCCGUGCCCAGUCUGCAAACGCUGGUUCUGCUGCUGCUGGGACUGUUCCAGCUGCUGGUAGCAGUUAGAUGAGCUUGGAUGGAUGGAGCUGGCAACUUAAUUAAAUUCUAAAAACCCUAACACAACCUUUUUUUCCAGCUGCUGGUAGCAGUUAGUUGGGCCGGGAAGGAGCUGGCAAUUUAGACAAAGGCAUGAUACCAUACAAGUAGUACUCUUGCUUUGGGCUUGACUACUGUGCUGGGAAGGUAGGGACAGACAUCCCCGUGCCAACCACAUCACUGGGUAGGUGGGGACAGGGAGGGUAGGAAACUGUAUUGGUAGUUUCCAUUUCUUUAGUGUUCAGCUUCUUUGCGACAACAGCUUGUUCUGUUAG